UGCUGAGGGAAGGUGCUGGUGGAUUGACUUUCAAAAUGCAGAUCUUUGUAAAAACCCUAAUGGGGAAAACGAUAACCCUCGAGGUUGAACCCUUGGAUACAAUCGAAAAUGUUAAGGCUAAGAUUCAGGACACGGAAGGUAUUCCUCCUGGUCAACAGCGACUGAUCUUUGCUGGGAAACAACUGGAGGAUGGCCGUACUCUUUCUGAUUAUAAUAUCCAGAAGGAAUCAACUCUACACCUUGUGUUGAGACUGCGUGGUGGUGCAAAGAAGAGGAAGAAGAAGUCAUACACCACCCUUUCAAGAUUCUGA